UAGCCAGCUGUCACAUGCCAACAGUGUAUGAAUUCUGCUCGCAUGUUGUGGCAAAUGGAGACGCAGGUCAGCUGAUUUGUGAUUCGAGCCAAUGUCAAGGCAGUCCUGGUGAAAUAGGACCGACAGGGGCGAAGGGCCAAAAGGGCGAACAGGGAACUGCUGAGAAUCUGGAAGAAAGAAUUAGAGAACUUGAAGAUUCACUCACAAAGACAAAUCAGAUCAUUGAAGCUUUGCCAAGAAAUCAAAAGGACGAAUGGCUUCAAGUAGACUUCGGAAGACCGGAACUAGUUGGUGGAAUAAUUACACAAGAAAGAGAUGCCGUUGCACAAUGGGUAGCGUUUUUCACAGUAUCUUGUGGUCUCAGCCAGGUUAGCAAAUAUGACACCAAUGCUGGAAGAAGUGUGUUAUCUCAUUGUGAAUUACGUUAA